AUGACAACGUCGAUUAUUUGGAGAGUAUUUCAUCACAAAUACUUAUUCUAUGCAAUUAUUAAAGUACUAAGUGAUGAAAGAGAAGCUUACCGUACUGCUUUGACGUCGUGGAAUGAUAUACAUGCAGAAAAGAUCAUUCAAAGAGGUGACUUGGGUAUUCUGAUAGAGAGGAUGAAAAGAGGUGAUACUAAGACUGGUUUUGCAUUCCCAUCAAAUGUCAUUGAUGUCGUCGACAGUCCAUCGGUAGACAUUCUAAACUAUGUGGUUCAAGAAAACAAACGUAUCUUUAACGAGAACAAGAGCAAGCCAAGUCAACAUGUGUUUAGUCCAUUUGGUCAAACAAAAAGUAAUGGUUGGUUUGCAUUUACUCCACAAUCAAAGAGUAACGAGGUGUUGGAUAGAGUGGUUCAAUUGUUUGGAGAGUAUUCAUCACCUUGUACACCUACUAUCAAGUUAUGUAUAGAUUCCGUACUCAGACAAUUCACUAGGGAUAGUCGAAAGGGUGGAAGACAUUAUGAUCGUGAUCAUCAAGACAGAGUACUGACAUGGAUCAACCGACAGUACCCAAGAGAGGUGGAACAACAUAAAAUGGCACAUAGUGGAUACAUGGUCAAGUUUGUUUGUGUGUAUCGCACGGCUAACCUAGACCUCAUCAACAACUAUGUCAAAAAGGAAACCGAGACAUAUCUUCCAUCGUAUUUCAUCGAGACGACUCAACAUCUACCAACUGCGUCACGUCUAUUGUUGGAACUCAACGGUUCAACCAUUUCAACCACAACCUAUCAAAAGUACAAAAAACAAUUAAUAGGAUGGUUUAGUUGGUUAAAAGAUCAAGAAAAUGAAGAGAGAUUGGAUCGUCUAGCACUUGAUUUGUGUCAGGUUGAAUUUGGUACUGUAACAUCAUUGGAGAGAUUCGAGGAAAUCAUUGGCUCGGUUCUUGGAUUGGGUGUAGAGGGAGGGAUUGAUAUUGAACAAUCAACCAUUAUAAAUCUCAUUGUAUCAAAACAUAUGUUUUCAGAGAGAGUAGUAGGAUCACGUCAUAUAUGCACAAGGUAUGUUUGUUCACCCGGCUACCUACCCAUACAUGUUAUCAUUCGAAUUGGUACACUCGAGCAAGUCAAGUUUGCAGUCUCUCAACCCAUUGCCAAAUCUUCAAACUAUCCAUUGGCCACCUUUUCAGCAAUCAUUGGUCGUCAAAAAGGAGACCCACAAACAUCUAUAGACAUUUACAAUCUUUUAGCAGACAAUGGGUUCCUACCCAAGAGUCAUUUACCAUUCGAAUUAAAAUUCCCAUACUCUAAACGAUAUUUUAGAAUACACACAGAGGCGAUGUUUUUGCAUGUGAUGCGUACUUUUAGCAAGACCGAGCAUUGGGAUGUGUUUAUGGACCGAGACUUUUCUCUGAUGACUACAUCCAUCAUUGAAUACCUCACCACAAACAAAUUCAUCACUUAUAUCUCUAAUAGAUUAAUAUGUGGAUUAUCAAAAUGCAACAAUCUCUUGGGACUACGUCUAUUAUUUAGUAAAUUCCCCAAACAAGAAAAGAUAUUUCUUAGACUGUCCAAUCCAUACUCUACAAGAUUCAUCGUUGAAAUGUGCAGUCGAUUCAAUGUAAUUGUUAUUGGUGGUCAAGGUGCGCGAGUAAUUGGACGUAGAGGAUCAUUAAAACUUUAUCAGUUACUCUUUCCCAAAAUCAAUCUAUACUUGGACUAUGCUGUACUUCCACAUGCAGUUUCGAACAAUCGUAUGGAACUUGUACAAUAUUUGGUAGAUAAUCGUCCAUAUUUACGCAAUUCAGUACAUGUAUUCCAAAAUAUAGAAUAUACAAGCCCCAAAACAUACAUACAACUAAAUGAAAUUGUUGGAUCACAUCUGUGUGAUUUAAACAUAUUGUUGGCUACUGGUAGGACAGACAUUCUUUGUGCUAUAUUAUCAAAAAAUAUUAUAACAAUCGAUUCAUUUUCAAAGUGUACUCAACGACAACUUAUUAUUAAAGAACCAUAUCGUCCAUCUAUACACUUGCCACUUUUACAACAACUAGAAGAAAAGUUCAAUAUCGUAACACUUCUUGGAAUCAAUGCUAAUAUGACAACCAAUUUAUUCCAAUACCCAACAUUAAUUAAUGAAUAA